GUUUGGUUUGUGUUUACAGCUGCACUGUUGCUGGCUAGUGUUCAGCGCUGUUAUGUCAAGCAUCUCUGGAAUAAAAAGCGUUUGUGGAAACAGGUAAUUUUGCUCAUUAAACUGCCAUUCAUGAGCACGUCUGGCUUGGUUUAGCAGUCAUGGAUGACAAGGCCUCGGUGGGGAAAAUUAGUGUGUCUUCUGACUCGGUGUCCACCCUCAACAGUGAGGACUUUGUCCUGGUGUCCCAUCUGGGGGACGAGACACCCUCCACUAAUAAUGGUAGCGAUGAUGAAAAGACAGGACUGAAGGUGAUUUCUGAGGAAGGGGUCAGCUUUAAGAUCGUGGGGAACGGCAGUGAACAGCAGUUACAGCUGGAGCUGGAAGAUGUGCUGAUGGACCCUUCUGUCACUGAGCUGGCUGUUGGACCGGACCCUUCGGGAGGGGAAGAUCAUUGCUACCCUAACACUGUUGCCCCGCCACAGUCCUGUCUGACACCCCCUAAACUUGAAAUGAUGCUGCCUGUUCAGGGGCCUCAGGAGAGCGAACUCAAUGAGAGAUCUUACAGGGAUGAGCCCUCUGAGAUGAGUCCCAGUACUCCUGUCCUGGACGAGGACAGCGUUGUGUUCAGUAAACUGACAUAUUUGGGCUGUGCUUCAGUGAAUGCCCCUCGCAGUGAGGUGGAGGCUUUACGUAUGGUCAGCAUCCUUCGCAGCCAGUGCCAGAUGCCUCUGGACAUCACCCUCUCUGUGCCUGGUGUCUCUGAGGGCACCGUCAGGUUACUGGACCCUCAGAGCAGCACUGAGAUUGCCAGCUACCCCAUUUACAAGAUCCUCUUUUGUGUUCGCGGCCACGACGGGACACCAGAAAGCGACUGCUUCGCCUUCACUGAGAGCCACUACAACGCUGAGAUCUUCCGCAUCCACGUCUUCCGAUGUGAGAUCCAGGAGGCGGUCAGCCGAAUACUUUACAGUUUUGCCACAGCCUUCCGACGAUCAGCCAAUAAAGCACCACUUGCUGCCAAGGCUCCGCCCCUCACGCCAGACAGCGACGUUUUUACCUUCACCGUCAGCCUGGAGAUCAAAGAGGAUGAUGGGAAGGGCAUAUUUAGUGCUGUGUCAAAGGAUAAGGACAGGCAGAGCUUUAAACUGCGGCCAGGCAUGGACAAGAAGAUAGUGAUCUAUGUCCAACAGACGUCCAACAAAGAGCUGGCCAUCGAGAGGUGUUUUGGUCUGCUCUUGAGCCCUGGAAAGAAUGUAAAGAACAGUGACAUGCACCUGCUUGACUUGGAAUCAAUGGGCAAGAGUUCAGAUGGGAAGUCUUACAUCAUCACAGGGAGCUGGAAUCCAAACACUCCACAGUUUCAGGCUGUGAACGAGGAGACACCCAAAGAUGCGUUCAUGUACAUGACAACGGCAGUGGAUCUGGUGAUCACUGAGGUGGAGGAGCCCGUGAGGUUCCUGCUGGAGACGCGGGUUCGAGUGUGCUCACCCAACGACAGGCUCUUCUGGCCCUUCAGUAAACGCAGUUACACCGAGACCUUCUAUCUCAAACUCAGACCGAUGGAGAAUAAGGAGAGGAAGAGUAACUCAGACACUCUGUAUGAAGUGAUGAGUUUAGAGAGUGAGACGGAGAGAGAAAGGCUGAAGACAACGGCGAGUCCCGGCAUCCUGCCCUCUGGGUCUCUUGGCUCGAUGGUGUCCUCGCCACCAGAGGACGAUGAGGAGAAAGAUAAUGAUGAGCCCUUACUAAGCGGCUCUGGAGAUGUUUCUAAGGAAUGUGGCGAAAAGAUUCUGGAAACUUGGGGAGAUUUAUUAUCCAAAUGGCAUCUGAACUUGGCGGUUCGGCCAAAACAGUUGCCGGCACUGGUCCGAAGUGGUGUCCCAGAGGCCUUGAGAGGGGAGGUGUGGCAGCUACUGGCCGGAUGUCAUAACAAUGACCAUCAGGUUGAGGAGUACCGAACACUCAUUACAAAGGAAUCUCCGCAAGACAGUGCCAUCACUCGUGACAUUAACCGUACCUUUCCUGCACACGACUACUUCAAAGACACUGGAGGUGAUGGGCAGGACUCUCUUUAUAAGAUCUGUAAGGCAUACUCUGUAUAUGAUGAAGAGAUUGGUUACUGCCAGGGACAGUCCUUCCUCGCCGCUGUGCUGCUGCUACACAUGCCAGAGGAGCAGGCGUUCAGCGUGCUGGUGAAGAUCAUGUUUGAAUACGGUCUCAGGGAGCUCUUUAAGCAGAACUUUGAAGAUCUGCACUGCAAGUUCUUCCAGCUGGAGAGACUCAUGCAGGAAUACAUUCCAGACCUGUACACACACUUCCUGAAUCUGGGUUUGGAAGCGCACAUGUACGCCUCCCAGUGGUUCCUCACACUCUUCACAGCCAAAUUCCCCCUCUACAUGGUCUUUCACAUCAUAGACCUACUGCUGUGUGAGGGCAUCAGUGUCAUUUUCAAUGUGGCUCUUGCGUUACUGAAGACGUCUAAAGAUGACCUGUUACAGACUGAUUUUGAAGGGGCGCUGAAGUUCUUUCGAGUGCCUGUGCCCAAGCGCUAUCGCUCAGAGGAGAACGCCAAGAAGCUCAUGGAGCUAGCAUGUAGUAUGAAGAUCAGUCAGAAGAAGCUAAAGAAGUAUGAGAAGGAAUAUCACACCAUUCGCGAGCAACAAGAACAACAGGAGGCGCCAAUCGAGAGAUAUGAGAGAGAGAACCGGCGAUUACAGGAAGCUAACAUGCGUCUGGAACAGGAAAACGAUGACCUGGCACAUGAGCUGGUCAGCAGUAAGAUCGCGCUGCGGAAAGACCUGGACAAUGCGGAAGAGAAAGCUGACGCUCUCAAUAAAGAGCUUCUCAUCACCAAACAGAAACUGGUGGACUCUGAAGAUGAGAAGAGACGACUGGAGGAAGAGUCUGCACAGCUGAAGGAGAUGUGUCGGAGAGAACUGGACAAAUCCGAGUCGGAGAUAAAGAAGAAUGGCUCUAUCAUUGGAGAAUACAAACAGAUCUGCUCUCAGCUUAGCGAGCGUCUGGAGAAACAGCAGACUGCCAACAAAGGAGAGCUGGAGAAGAUCCGGCUGAAGGUGGAGGGCUGUGAUAAGUGCAGCAUUCUCUUCAGUAAGGAGGGCCGUUUGAAAGUGCGGAGCACUCCUAAGGAGGGCAGUGAGGAAGAGACAGACGAGGAGAAGGAGGUGCUGAAGAACCAGCUGAGAGAGAUGGAGCUGGAGCUCGCUCAGACCAAACUGCAGCUGGUGGAGGCCGAGUGCAAGAUACAGGACCUGGAGCAUCAUCUGGGCCUGGCUCUGAACGAAGUCCAAGCUGCCAAAAAGACGUGGUUCAACCGGACAUUAACCUCCAUCAAGACUGUCACAGGAGCUCAAGGCAAAGAAAGCGUCUAACAGGACCAGAGAGUCACAAUCGCUCCCCUGCCCAGCGAUCUCAACCUACGGCUGUCACAGAGUGAACAACAGUGCUUUUUCGCUCUCCUUUUUCCUUUUGUAAAAAGAACUUUACUUCGAGGGUACCAACUACCCCAACUGAAACACAUGUACUGACUGAAAGCAAAAAGACUUUAAUGCUAGUCUUUCUACUACUGAUAUUAAACAGAGGACUGGAUUGUGUCUUCUGAGGGAUAUUAACACUUCAUCUACUGUUCUACUCAAGACUACUUGCACAAACACAGUCCCUGUCAAUAUAAGGUACGAGUGCUUUUGGAAAUCUAGUUCCCCUUCAACGGUAACUUUCCUUUGUGUCAUGCAGGUUUGCUUUUUGCAAGGUGAUGGCAAAUGCGUCCAUCUGUGUGCAUGUGUAUGACUGAAAAGGUUUGCUUUUAUUGUACAGUGUGUGCGUGUCUGUGUUGGCCAAUAUUGUGGUUCCCAGAGGAGGUAAAUAGGUAGCACACUGUACAUAGAUUGUACAGUGAACUUUUAAUUUGACGACUCCUUUAACCACUAGCUGGCACCCUUCUGAUAUUAAAGUUCACCCAAAAAAAAAAUAUGUUUUCUGAAUAAUUACCCUCAAGCUAUCCCAGAUGUGUAUGACUUUCUUUCUUCUGCAGUACGCAUAGAUUUUUUGUAGAACAUUUCAGCUCUGUAGGUCCAUACAAUUGAAGUGAAUGUGACCAGAACUUUGAAGCUCAAAAAUAUUUUUAUUUCUAUCAAUCUCCACUUUCUAAUUCCUCCUAUUUUUUUGGCGAUUCACAUUCUUCAUCCAUAUCACCACCUACUGGGCGGAACAGAAUUUAGAGUUAAAAAAAAAAGACUUAAAAAUGUAUAUUUUUCUUGCCCACACUUAUAUCACUUCUGAAGACAUGGAUUUAACCACUGGAGUUGUAUGGAUUGCUUUUAUGCUGCCUUUGUGACUUCUGGAGCUUCAAAAGUUUGCCCACCAUUCACUUGCAUUAUAUGGACAUACAGAGCUGAAAUGUUCUUCUAAAAAUCUUCAAUUGUGUUCUGCAGAAGAAAGUAAGUCAUACACAUCUGAGAUGGCAUGAAGAUGAGUAAAUGAUGAGAGAAUCUUCAUUUUUGGGUGAACUAUGCCUUUAACAAAAGUUAUAGUUGUGUUUAUGAUGAAUCAUGCACAGUGGGAUACAGUGAUUCUGGAUAUGUGUAGCCACACAUGGCCUGAUCUAUAAAGAGCUGCUUUUGUGACUUAAAGGUCAAAGGUCAUUCACAAUAUGCUGUCUUCUAUAGUGACUGUGUGUUGUGGCUAACAGGAAAGGCGCUCUUUAAAGCACUUAUGAAUCGAGCACACGUUUUGAUCGGCAAGCACAUCUCAAGGUAAAGGAAGAACUCAACCUUCGUUAGUCACUGUGUGUGUGUGUGUGUGUGUGUGUGUGUGUGUGUGAAGAAUACUUAGCGGGAAGGUCUUUGUACCUUACAGAUAUAUUUAUACUGAUAUCUGGCUUGCUAGCAUUAUUGUUGUUGUUAAAGAAGGCCUUUGUGCCCUAUGAAGACAAAUGGGGCAGUUCUAUAAGGCACUGGGUUGUAAAUAAAAAAAAGAAGCAUAUGAGUUGUUUUUUUUUAUAUAUAUAUAUUUCAAACUCUACUUUGUAACUGUAUUAAUAUUGCCUAAUUGUACCAUGCUAUGAGAUUAAUACUCAUUUUUUGCUUUUGUCUGUCUCAAUAUUACAUGCCAAAUGUACUUUUCUCCAGCAUUACAUUGGUGUGGACAUUGUAAUAGUGUAGAUUGCAUUGUGUACUUCCAUGAAUUUCAUUAUAAAGAUAUAAA